UUAGGCAAAAUCUAUCAGUAGAGCACUGGAAUUCUGUAGUGGAUGUGUAAGUGCCACCACUCUGAAAGAAGCCAGGAAUCACUAUUCUUUCCUGUCUGACUUAGCCAAAAAUUUGGGAAUCACUGUCAAAGAACAAUUGAAGACACAAACAAAGGACACUAGAUUCCGUUACUUGACAGAUGAUGAUAAGAAACUUGGUGGGGCAUUAUUUGACACUCUAUAUAAAGUAGGAGACAGGGUCAAUCUCACAGAUGUUUGGCCAAAUUACUUGUUCCUUAUCGAGGUCUAUAAACGGCAUCGAGGAAUAUCUAGCACUAGAUUUACAAUAGAGGAGGUAAUGAACGCAAAAGAAAGUAAAAGUGCCAUUUCUGAAAUCCUAGAGAAAUAUGAAUCGAUGGGACAUGACAAGAAGCAGAUCAAAGAUGCUCGAAAACAAUAUGAGUCUAUAUUGAACAAUCAGUUUAGCUCUUUUGCAUCAGAGCUCAAGACAAUUCAAGAGAAGAACAAGAAAACAAUAAUCGAACCUCACCAAAUACCAUCAACAUACAGUAAAAAAGCACCAGAUCUGUAUCAUAUCAUUGGCGAUGCUUGGGGAAACAGACGUGAUCGCGCGGAGGAGGCAAUCAAAGAAUUUUUCUACAUAAUGCAAACAUAUCAUCGUUUAAAAGAGAACCAAUGUACACCUACGACAUAUGAUGAAAUUAAGAGUUCACGUACAUCAACGGCUAGUUCUUCAAUGGUGACAACAAAGCGUGUCUCGACAAAUGGUAUAGACUCUAUCCUCCGUCAGUGUUCUGGAAAAUAUCAAAAAGAACUCCUUAAAAAGGCCGAGGAAGAAUUAAAACGGCUCAAAAAAUACGACAAGGACUUAAAAUACCGAAAGGAUUUGGAAAAACGUAAGAAUGAGUGGUAUAUGAAAGGGUCAGAGGGACCUGUUGAAUUGCUGAGAUCUAUUCCACAACCGAAAAGGCCGCUUCAUAAGGUUCUCCAAUAUGCUAAGGAUGAUAAGACAAUGGAAAGCGAGUUAGCUCUGUUAGAAUAUGGCUCUCUUCUUCACUCUGAAAGUCUGUUUCAGGAAAUGGAAAGUCCUACGGACGUUAGUGAGCAAGCAGCUGGAACAAGUGCAUCUGUUUAUAAUGAUCCCUCAGAAAGAAAGAGCAUUGGUGAUAUAUUGAACAAAAUGAAAAAUAUCGUCAACCCUGAGGUGUAUAAAUAUGCAAAAGAGGAAUACCAGAAGCUACAGGAUAUAGAAAAGAUGAUAGCACGGGAUGACAGUUUGAGAGUAAGAAAAGACAAAUGGAAAAUUCAUAAUCUUGAUGGUCCUUUGGGGUAUAUUAAUGUGGAAAUUCCCAAUAGACCUCUCCACGUUGUCUUAAAUCGCGCACAAAAGGAAGGUGUUAAGGGAAGUGACUUUGCUCUAAUGGAUUAUGGAUCCAUGCUUCACUCAGAAGUUCUCUAUGACAGUAAGGACAAUAUGGCACAGAUGGCUCCAAUGCCACAGGAAUUUGAGAAAACGGAAAAUGUUCAGGCAAAACAUGGUAAUGUUGAAAAUGUCAGAGAACUGCAUCCGGUAAGAGUUGUCCCGGAAGUAGGUCGAGUACAGAGGGAACAGGAGAGAUCACGAUGCAAUGACGAUCACAUGUUUAUGUUACAGCAAGAAAUCGACAAGCUGACAGAGCAACUUAAUAUAAAAAACACAGAAAUUGAAGACCUGACAACCAGAUUGAGUCAAGCGGCGAGUAAUAGUUUGAUGUAUAACAACCCAAGCAUAGCUGAUCUAAGUGAUAAAAAUCGUCCGACAAAAUUAGGAGAACGGUUUGGGCAGCUUUACGAUAAUGAGUGGUCUGAAGCCUACGAAACUCUAAAAAUUUCAAUACCUUCAGAAAAGAUUGUAUAUUCUAUUCUUGCGGAUGUUGUCAAGGAUAUAUUCCAAUAUUGUGAAAAGGCCUUACAACAGCAAAUUGCAGACAUCAAACAUGAUUUGGAAAAAAGAACAAGGGAGCCUCGGUUUUUUUACGAUAAAAAGUCAUUUUCUGGGAUUGGUAAAACAGAUGAAAUGUUGAGUUGGAUGUGUGAAAAAUAUGCUACGGAGUUUCAGAAAGGAAACGCUGUGUAUUCAGUGCAAGGUUUGACCAAGAUUUAUAAAGAUUAUUGUAAACAUAGGCAAUUUUUAAACAGUUAUCCUGGAAUUAUGGAGAAGAUAGAAUCAUAUGUGAACCUUGCAGUUGAGUUGUGUUGGUUGAUGUGUGCACAGACCCCUCCCAUGCAGCUACUCUUUGCAAGAAGGAACGAUAAAGUUGAUAAAACUUACUUCCGGUGCAUGGGACACUCUGGAGAUAAAGUUGAUAUUUGUAUUUGGCCUGCGGUGUUACUCCAUGAUGGAGGCCCGGUUGUAAUGAAAGGACAAAUCUUACCUUUGUAAAUUUAGAUAUAAUUGGUCUCAAAUAUUUUGAUAAUUUUGCAUGAUCAUCUUUAAGAAUUUAUUAAAUUAUGAGUGACUAAUAGCAUGUUGAGUCAUUUGCAUUUUUAUUUUAAAUAAAUUGAGUGUCGUCCUGUUAAUGCUAGUAUUUUUGUACAGUACUGUCGAGUUAUAGUACACGGAUUUAUCACUUUUUCUUGUUAAAAAUGAAUGAAAGAAACUGGAUAUCUGAUUGGUAAAUGACUCAAUGUAGAUAUAAAUAUACAGAUAUUAAAACUGCACAUCUUUGUAUUUUGUUUUAAUAGUUUUGAAAUUGUUCAUCUCAAGCAAAUAAUUUACAUAGAUUCACAUUAUUCCAUUUAUUCUGUCAAAUGUUAAUAAAAAAAAUUAACAGAAUAUAUUAUAUUCUUACAGUAUACAUGUGUAAUUUACGGAAGCUCAUAUAGGACCUAUCAAAAAUCAUUUUGAAUUCGAUGUAUGGAAUUGUUGAAUUUGUUAAAACGAAUUUCAUGCGUUAUAUCAGUUUUUCCUUUGGUUAUAAUGAAUUAAAUUUGAUAGUAUAACAGUA